AUGCGCGCCACCGCACGCGUCCACGCCUGCGCGCCGGCACACCUGCGUCUGCAGCGCCGCCGUCGCGCCCACGCCUGCGCGUCGCCGCCCCGCUUACGGCUGCAACACCAGGACCCCGGCGCCCUACCUGCAUCUGUCGCGCCGCCGUCGUGCCCGCGCCGGCGCGCCACCGCCCCAUGCGCGCGCGCCGCCGCCGCCUCCGCGCCCUCCCGCACGCGCCGCUGCCACCACGGCCGCACCCCGCGCGCCGCCGCGUUCACCCCCGAUGCCGCCGCCGCCCCGUGCCGCCACCGCUUCCGCUUCUCCCUGUUGUGCCGACCUGCCGCAGCCGCCGCCAUGUCCUCCCCUGCCGCUGCCCCGCCCCGUCGCGCCGCCACCCUUCCCCCGCCGCCUCUGCCAUCCUCCCACUUGCAGCCGCCGCGCCACCCCUCCGUCGCCGCCAUUUGCGACCUCAACAUCGAAGCCCAGGUCCUCAUCCGCCUCGACAGCUCCAGCACCUUGUACUACGCGUGGAAGACCUACUUCAACCUUGUUUUCCGCGAGUACUAUCUCACUGAGCACUUCGAUAGCUCCGUGGACGGUGACUACAUGAAGGGCGAUUCGGAGUGGUCCGCCAUUCAGGCCACGCUCAUCCGUUGGUUCUAUCAAACCAUAUCGAAGGACAUCUUCCACACGGUUGUCGCCGAGGACGACGACGCGUGCGCCGUGUGGACCAAGAUCAACGCGCUCUUCACCGACAACAAACUACAACGCCUUGUUUUCUUGCAGCAGGAGUUCUUUGGCUGUAACUAG